GCCCACCAUGUAUAACGCAGAAGUCUCGCUCAAUUGCUUCCACGGAUGCUCUUCCCAGUCCUCGAAGAACACUCGGGUUCCUCUUGACCACAACAGCCUCGCCCAGACAAGGGGCUACUUCUACUACUGCAGUAUCCACCGAAAAUAUCACUACAUCUUCCACCGUCGCCCCAAUCACCACCCGGCAUGUGGCGAGUGUGCCUAGCUGGCUUACACGCCUGCUCAACACCAUUGGCUCCUCUUCCUGCCUGCGUUUGACAGAUCAGAUCAAAUGCGCCCGUUUCCAUCUCCAACCUCGUGUCCAGUCCGUCCACAAAUCAUGAGAAAUCCAGACUCUUCGUCCACUACCGGCUCAGGGCGAGGCAUGGACGGAUCACCUAGGCACGAGCGAAGGGUUGGCCGAACCACAUCCGGUGACAUCAGCCGGCCGCCAGGGUUAGAAGCCGCGCGGCAUGAUGAAGAUUCUUCUUCGCCGCAUUCACGUGCAUCUCGCGAAGAACCACACUGGGAUAAAAGUGGCAGGUCCAUCACCUCGGCCAACGUCAUAUUCGACAGAGAUGGUGACGUUGUGAUGGGCAACAGCGCUCCCGUAAUCCACGUACCCAUUUUCUCCAUCUCUGAGGCAUUGUGCUUCGGGUCGUGUCCCACAGCACAAGAUGCCAGCCGCAGAGUGCACUUCCGCUCCAGUAGCCAAAGGCCAUCGCUGUUUCUCUACAAUUAUUUUGACCUCUAUGGCUUGCCUGCUGUGCAACCUGUCAGUGGGCAUGCUCAAGAGCUGGACGAAUACUUUGAACAGUCUAGCAGCCGCGAUGGGCACGGUGGGAAGAUGCUACGUGCCAUUCUGGUUUGGUGCUGCUGGGCUCAAAGUAAUCAUUCCCUUAGCCAUGAGCUGCGUUGGCUUCUCACAUACAUCUACGACUCGGUCAAUAUCAUAUUAUACAGCGCAGAGACGGGCUUGUGCAUCCCAGGCUGUGCGGAGUUUUGGACGAACCGCAACGUCCUCUUUCAACAAUUAGCGAGGGCGGAGAAUCUGCUCAAGCAUAAGGGCGUUGAGAAUAUGAUGAUUGCUCGGGCGCGAUGGGACCAGCUAUGAAUCUCUGGACAGGACGAGCCAAUCUCACAGUUGUGAGGCAUCUGUGGGCUACCGAGCCAGACGACGGGUUCGACAUGCUGCGCUGAACGAGUGCUCUACAUCAAUAUUACACAGCGG